AUGUCAUAUCGUGCAGUCGAGACCGGCGUUCUUGAUGAUAGCCAUUGGGCGAAUACCUCUUUGGAGGAGAGACUAUCGAGUCAACAGUGUCAAGAGCGAAUCGUACCGGAUAUUGUGGCGUUAUGCCAGACCAGCAAAGGUGUCGAGUCCGUUGAGGCUAAGAGCUUCAAGAGCAACAUUGAGAACUUCGAGAGUAAGAGCUUCGAGAGCAACAUUGAGAACUUCGAGAGUAAGAGCUUCGAGAGCAACAUUGAGAACUUCGAGAGUAAGAGCUUCGAGAGCAACAUUGAGAACAUCGAGAGUAAGAGCUUCGAGAGCAACAUCGAGGACUUCGAGAGUAAGGGUUUCGAGAGCAACAUCGAGAACUUCGAGAAAGCUUACCACGAUAUCGAGGUUGAGAACAUCGAGAGUUGCAGGUCUAGGCUUCGAGAGGGCCCGAAGGUCAGGGAACCUACGUCGAAGCGAUUAGCUGUCACAUACACGGCCAAUGGGUUGCCGACCGUGGCAGUAAGUCUUCAGGGCAGGGUCACUACGGUCGCGCUCCUUGAUACAGGAGCGACAGACGUGUUCGUGUCCAGUGCUUUAUACCGUCGGUUGAAGGCAGAGUCCCCAGGCCUGGAGCUAAAGCAGGGUGACAUAUCGGUGAAGUUGCUCGAUGGAGGAGCAGUGAAGAUCCAGGGGGUGCUGGAGGCUCUAGCCAUUGGGUUCGGUGAUCAGACUAGGACAGUCGAGGCCUACGUCUUAGACUCUGCUCAUUGGGAGCUGGUUCUACCCCGAUGGGUGCUGGGUAACUGUGUUUGGGUGAUGGCUGGUAACGACUACCUACUUUUCGAUGAGCCUGAG